AUGAACUUCUGGACACCCCAGUUGAAACUCGAAUUCCAUCGAGCGGUUGAUGAACUGUUUCGCUUGGGCGAUACACCAUGUGAGGAACGGUUAUAUCGCGGAAGGCUGCGAGUUCAGAAUGAAUUCGAGAAUGAACACACUUUGAAUUUUGACGACGAGCUUCAGAUCACGGAUAACCUGGCGUUCCUUGCGCAGUGCGAAGAAGGUGUUAGGACUGUAUCAGCUGUCACUAUUCAGGAGCAUCAAGAUGGGAUGAGAGUAUUGAUUGCCAGCAACCAAACACCUUCCCAAGAUAUUGUAACCGGGAUCAGGGAAUUACUGUCAUACGCAAGUGGAAUCGCUACGAACGCAAUUCACCGAGACGAGUUCCUGGAGAAGGCAUUCCAAAAGGUGCUGGAUUUCAGUCACAGUCGUAUCCUCGGACGCCUUCGGCCACCAUGGCAAAGACCUCCCGCUUAUAUCGUAGGCCGACCCUCAUCUUUGCUCUGUCAAAUCCGGGGCCUCAGACAGGUAUUACAGGGCUUAGUUGAGGUCGGCUCUCUCCCUCAGAGCCUCCUUACCAAUCUUGAUGGGCUCGCCGAAGUCUUAAAACCCAUAGAUGUGAAAACAGACAGCAUCAGGAUGAACGAAAUAAUCGCGGAAAUCAUCAAAAGCUGUGUCGAUAUCUCCGCCACUGGACCCGGAAAGUCAUUGGAGGGUGCCCUCCGGUCACUUGCGCCGUCGUCCAACGUGUGCCGGAGAUCCGAGGUGCGACAGAUAGACAAGCUUGCGCGAUAUUACUAUGCCUGCAAGGACUUGCUGAAGAUGUCUCGAAACCCACGAUACCGCAGUGUUUUCAGGACCAUCGAGGUACAGGUCAUCGAAUCUUUCCGCGGCCUGCGUUGGCCGGGCGCUGGAAAUGAACGUUUUGUCCAUGCCGAGAUGCUGCAAGUUCUCCAUUGGGAGAGGAAUGGUGACCAGCUCCGACCGAGAGCUAUCGGUUGCAGCAAAUCGGCUUGCUAUUUAUGCAAUCUUUUCCUCCAAACUCAGAAUGUCGAUUGGAUGAGUGAAGAACAGGCUGUCUCCUUCAGAACCGUGCUUGGACAUAUGAUCACCACAAUGCAGCAAGAGAUUGAUCGCCACAGGGGGCUUGGUCAACAAUUAUUUUCCCCGUACGUUAUGCAAAGCAGGACGUUUCUACCACUGUCGAGUGCUUCAGCUAGUACAGCUCUCAGUGGCGUUAGCAUACCGUCUACAGCACGAGGACGUCAUGACGAAUUCAACUCGAGCAAGCUCACGGUUCAUGAGGACGGAAGUUCGAACACAACAGCGAGGAGUCCCCGACGUAUCAAACGGGAUAAUUUUCGUUUGUCAAGGCAAGAUCUACCGUUUCGACGCUGUAUCCAAGGCGACUAUCUUCACUUUGUUGUGCACUUCGGCCAUAUCUGCCUCCUCUUCGAGUUUGAUGAAGGAAUGGAGGGCGAGCUUUGCAUCAGGAACAAGGAUAGCGCAGCGGCCGAGACCGUCGAGAUUCAGAGCAUUCCAACGGAUCGUGACUUGGCUCUGAAAUCAUCUGCAGCGUUGCCCCGGUCAACAUUUCGUUUGCAGGAUCUUUCUCUCGGGUCUCUUGACAUUGAUUUCUAUCCUCGGACAGCCCAAAAUCAUAAUUGA